AUGGAGCGCCAUAACCAGAUUGUGCAGGAUAUUGCGGAUAAAAUAGGCGACUUCUACAAGCUCCGCAAGCCAUACCGCGUCUUUCAUGGUUCUUCAAGCAGUACUCGUCUUCGCCAUGCGACUGAGGCGAAUGUCAUCGAUAUUAGCAUGCUAUCGCAAGUCAUAUCAGUGGACACUGCGCAAAGAACCUGUCUUGUGGAGCCGAAUGUACCGAUGGGCCGACUCGUCGAGGCCACUAUGCCAUACGGCCUGGUACCGCCAGUAGUGAUGGAGUUCCCAGGAAUCACAGUAGGAGGAGGCUUUGCAGGAACAUCGGGGGAAAGCAGCUCAUUUUGA